CCGAGGCCCACACGUGACACCGCACCAAGAAGAAGGUGGCCGGCAGAUAACGGGUGGCGCUCUCGUGGCUUCGUUUUCAAGCGUCCUCGACUCCACUCCCCUUCCCAUCUCUCUUUCGAUUCCAACACCGAAAUUUAAGUACGGAAACCUUCUCUCCUUUUCCACUCUCUUGAGACAACCAAUCGAACACUUCGGAAGCAGAAGCAAAAGUAGCAGAAAAAUCCAGAGGAAGAUGUCGUGGCAACAGUAUGUGGACGAGCACUUAAUGUGCGACGUUGAGGGGAACCAACUCACUGCAGCUGCCAUCAUCGGCCAGGAUGGCACCGUUUGGGCCCAGAGCUCCACCUUCCCUCAGUUUACGGCAGAAGAAAUAUCUGCCAUUAUGAAAGAUCUCGAUGAACCUGGAACUCUUGCACCCACUGGCUUGUUUCUUGGUGGCACAAAGUAUAUGGUAAUUCAAGGUGAACCAGGGGCUGUCAUACGAGGAAAAAAGGGCUCUGGUGGUGCCACUGUCAAGAAGACCAAUCAGGCGUUGAUUAUUGGCAUAUAUGAUGAGUCUCUGACUCCUGGUCAGUGCAACAUGAUUGUUGAAAGGCUUGGUGAUUAUCUGAUUGAACAAGGUCUCUAGAAUGCAAGUUAAUGAUUUUACAGUGGUGGAAGUGAUAUGUUGGAAAGUGAGAGAUUUGGCUUGGCUUCUCUUGUAUGGAAUAUUUGUACCUGUAUCCUUUCAAUUUAUGGUUGAAUCCUAUUAAUUUAUAGUGGAUUGUUGUUGAUGAGGCAGUUCUGGAUUUUUUGUGAAUGAAGCUUCAAAUCUGACAGAAA